GAUUCCUUCUGUUGGGUAUCAAAAUUGCUUUUGGCAUCUCAAAAACAAGAUCGAGUUGCUUUUGCAAUGCAAAUUUUGAGCUUUUAAAUGAAUACUGGAACCUGUAUCAUAUUUUAGUAGUUGAAUAAGAUACUUGGGUUUACUAUUAUGACCCGACGACCACACAAUAAUUCAUGCAUUGGAAGCACGGGGGAUUUCCACCACACAUAAAAGGAAAAGUGCAAAAAUCUGCCAAAAAAUUGAUGAUCAUCAGUUUGAAGGAUACCGAAGGUCUCCUCCUUAUAAAAUUUAUUGCUAGAAUUACUACGAUAAAUGGGGUCGCGUAUGCAGGAACCCAAAAGGAGCUGCGUUCUGCGGUUGAAAAGAAACGCGGGGUCAAAAUAAAGAGUUGGCCUUUUUUUAGACGACAACGCGCCACCAAAUACCUCACUGUUUUAGAGAGCUGAUGCAGACGAAAAUCGCUUUACCUGCACAGACCACCCCCCGUGCAGUCCAGACAGGACCCUUAGUGAUUAUUAUCCGUUUCAAACGUUGAAGAAAAACAUCAGGGGGAAACGAUUUUAGGAUGAUAAUGGAAUCAAGUCGUAAAUUUUUGCAUAUUUUCGAGGUAAAUUUCGAUGAUUUGUUGCGGGUGUUUCUUUUAACCGAUUGAGCUGAAGAAAAUCACGACUUCCAAAAUGUUUUUGAAGUUUGUUAUUUCAUCAAAAUUUUGGUCAGAAACAGUGCGGAACAUACCUUUUGAAAAUCAAUAAUAGAACACCCACGUAUACUGAGCAAUAUCACUCACAAAACAGCAAAUCCAUAACAGUCGUUGUGCACGGUUCCAUCUUUUACGGACCUAUAUUAGUUUUCCAUGUAAGAUCCCACAUUUCACGAUGAGAAGAGAAAUCAUGCCCUAAACUCAUGAACCAAACUGCACGCGUAACGACUUGCUAUGGAAAUGUACCCUGCCUGUGUCGAUCAGACAAAGGAAGGGGGAAAGAUUACGCACUAUUGCGAGGAUCACACAGAACUAUGGGUAUGUAGGUACUCGGGCAAACACGCUUUUUCCGAGGAAACUUGUUUACCCUGCAGACAAGGGGAAAGUUCCCGAGACACAGGUUGGUUUCUUCAGUGGUUUUAGAAACAUUGAGAAUUGCACACUUGUCAAAAAUUGGGAGAAAUAGAUCUUUCUUCUCGACAUCUUUACAUUCCAUAUGUUUCCCACAUUUACUCUCAUGAGUUUUAAGUGAAGAUUACAUAAUUUUAAAAAAUUGAAGACAACUAACUACAAAAAAUUGAAUAGUUGUCAAAAACCUAAAAGAAUAGUUUAUUUUUUCCAUAUAUUUCCCUUAUUUACAUAUUUAACUUAAAUAGUUUAGGAAACCUAUAAAUAAAACGAACUCAUUAACACUAUCGGAGGAGGAUACGCUGUUUUCCUCAUAUUUGAUCGACUUUCCGCUAGAACCACGAGUAAACUGGGAUUGGACGUCGGGUCAUGGUGAUCGAUUAGAAAAUCUCGUGGAGACCGGAUUUCGACACGAUUUGACCCUCCAUCUUCGCCCGGAAGGAGUAAGGAUUCCAGUCCACAGAAUCUUCCUCGAGACUGGAUCUCCCGUUCUGAACGACAGGAUCACUCCUCUCAUGGACGAAUUAGUCGUGGAGAAUGUGAGCAGCCAUAUUUUGAAGUUGCUCAUCAAGUACUUGUAUACCGGGAGAGGUCGGACGUUGUUGAGGUGGCCGAUGUACCGAAAUUAAUCCUGGUGGCGGCACAAUUUAAAAUCCGCGGUUUGUGGGAAGAUUGUGCUGCCCUGUUGAAAGGAGAAAAUGGAUUGGAACACGUGUUGUCCUUAUUUCAAAGUGGGAUGGAACACGCUUUCGGAGAUAUUAUUCAGUCCACCCUCGAAUUAAUUUGCAGGAAUGCCAGGAAAGUUUUGAAAUCUGAAGAAUUCACGAAUCUACGACUUGACUGCUUAAUCGAAAUUAUUCAGCAGGAUUCACUCAAAGUUGGAAAUGAGAUAGAGGUUUUUGAGGCCGUGUAUCGCUGGGGUCUGGCCGAAUGUGCGCGGCGCUCGUUGGAUCCCAGCAACCCGGAAAAUCUCCGCUUCUGUCUGGCCAAACCGUUGAAUUAUAUUCGGUUCCCGUUAAUGGAUCCCGAGGAGUUUACGCUUGUCGUGUCGAGCAAGAAACUGCUCAGCCUGGAGGAGUCCGUCGAACUCUUGACCACUUUUCUCGUCCCGGCGGAACGGAGAAAGUUGCUCCCCGCGGGGAGAUUUAUUUCAAAUCCACGCUUCUACAUAACCGACCCCGGUAAUGGGAUUUUCAUCGGUCGGAAAUUUACUAGUAGUUCGAGACAAGUUCAAACUGUCUUCUCUCGCUCGGGAAACCCCAACGGGAGCGAAACCAUCACAUUUAAGUCGACUCAUGCCUUGAUCCUGAAAUCCAUUUGUGUUCCGAAAGCAUUAUUCCAAACUCACGGGCCAUCCUACGUGUACAGCUAUACUUCUGUAAAAGCCUGCGUCGUCGCGUCUUCCAAAGGUUUUGCUUCAAACGGAAUCCCCUGUGAUGAAAGCGACCCAAACGUUUUAGGCAUUCCGCUUAAUCCGCCGAUCAAACUAGGCACUGAAGGAAAACUCACUCUUUCAUUCUCCGGAAAAUUAAGUUUCCAUCAAACCACGAGCAACGCGUGCAGCUGGACCAGCCUCAGUUUGGGAGAUGUUUUCCCGUCCGAUGGGUUCAACAAGGUGGUCACAAACUACGGAAAUUUCCUUAAUGUGGCCGAUUUUGAGGGGGAAAUUCAGAUCGAACGACCUCCCUGGCACGGUCUUCCUUUAAAUUGUGGUAUUAUAGAAAUGUUGGAGUUCGAACUAGCCUGAUUUCCCGGUUCGGAAAAUAUUAUCAUAAUUUAAUCAGCAUACUCACGGAAACUUUGCAAAUGCAAAUAAUUUCGCAAAUUCGGACGCUAAAUACUUUAAACAUUUCGAAUAAUUCAUAAAAACAGGUUAAAAUUUGAUCUGAUAGAUUUGCGAAAUCGUAUUUUGCGAAUCCAUCGUGCAAUAUUUUUUUUAAGCGUAUGGAGAAAGCUGUAAAGGGUAGACUCAUGUUAUUUUUUGCUCAUAUAUCUUAUUUACAUACUAUUAGUCAGUACAAACGUAUUUAUUUAACUUAUCAUGUUUAGUUUUCCAACAUUUUUUAUGUAGUUUCAAUAAUUACUAAUAUGUA